GUCACUAUCAUUUCCGGGGUAAAUUUGUAACUCGUAUCAUAACAUACCUUGCCAUCCUUGAUAACCAGCACAUACAUGUCAACGGCCGUGUUAAUAGCCGCUGUUGUUGGCGGCGGGGUUCUGCUCCUCAUGCGCCGUCUCUUCCCCCGGCGGAAAGCAGUAAAGCUGCUCCAGUAUCCGACCGACACCAUGUGUGGAAAAACUGUGAUAGUGACCGGGGCUAACAGCGGGAUAGGGAAGGCCUUGGCCGGGGAGCUGCUGAAGCUUCGCGCCCGGGUCAUCAUGGCCUGCAGGGACCUGCGGAGCGCCGAGGACGCGGCCCAGGACCUGAGGAGCCAAGCCGGGCCAGAGCAGGGGGAGGUGGUCAUCAAGCACCUGGAUUUGGCUUCCCUCCGAUCUGUCCGGAACUUUUGUGAGGAAAUAAACAAGGAGGAACCUAAGCUUGAUGUGCUGGUCAACAACGCCGGGAUCUAUCAGUGUCCCUACACGAAGACAGAAGAUGGUUUUGAGAUGCAGUUUGGAGUGAAUCACCUGGGCCACUUCCUCCUCACUCACCUGCUGCUGGACCUCCUGAAGGCCUCGUCUCACAGCCGCAUUGUCGUCGUUUCCUCCAAACUCUACAAAUACGGCCACGUCAACUUUGACGACUUGAACAGCGAAGGGAACUACGACAAAGCUUUCUGCUACAGUCAGAGCAAGCUGGCCAACCUGCUGUUCACGCUCGAGCUGGCUCAUCAGCUCGAGGGCACGGCGGUCACGGUCAACGCCCUCACCCCGGGGAUGGUGAGGACCAGACUGGGCCGGCACAUCCAAAUCCCUCUGCUGGCUAAGCCGCUGUUCCAUCUUGCCUCGUUGGUCUUCUUGAAGAGUCCGUUGGAGGGAGCCCAGACGCCGCUCUAUCUGGCCUGCUCCCCCGAGGUGGAGGGGGUGUCGGGGAAGUGCUUCGCUAACUGCGAGGAAGAGGAGUUGAUGGCCAAAGCUACAGACAAACAGGCGGCCAAGAAACUGUGGGACAUAAGCAGGAGGAUGGUUGGACUCGCAGAGUGACCACGGGGCCAGUUCUGAGGACCGGACUGUUAGGGAAUUAAGUGUUCUUGGACGACUUUGUUAAUCCGCUUUUGCUUGCAGACAUCAUUGUGCAAGAGAUGGGUUGUGAAAAAUCCUCUCUUUUUUUUUUCCUCCCUGGGGAUGAAAACUUUAAUGGAAAGACAUGUUGUGCCUCUGAAAUGGGAUAAUUAGCAGACUUUGUGCUACAUUACAGAACUGAUUAGAUCUCAUAUUAUGAUUUGAAUUUUAAGAGGUGCCUGUUGAAGUAAAGUUUUAAAAGAAGUUUUGUAGUAAUUUUUUUCUUCCAGGUAACUCACCUCUUUAUUUGUGGGGAAGUUAAAAGCAGGGUUAGGUUUUAUAGUAAUAUCCCAGGCUUUUAAGUUCUCACACAGCAGCUCAAUCUGUCAUCUGAAAAUGAAAAGAGCAUAAAAAUUCUCAAGAACCGACCAUUCAACUAAGCUGACAAAGAAUCAUUCAGUGAAACAGCCAGGAGGUGUUAAUAAAUCUGGAGGAGCUGUGGAGAUCUGAAGCUUUAGUGGGAGAAUUUUCCAACAGGACAGCUGUUAGUUGUGCUCUCCAAAAAUCUGGAUUUUUUUUCACAAAGUGGCACAGAAAAAACUGGGAGAUGCAAACCACGCAUCAUGCUAUGCUCUGCUGUGACGGUCUGUCAUAUAUAAUCCAUAUUAAAUACAACAAAUCGUG